GGUCCUCGGACUUCACACAGACAGUUGUGUGUUUAUAAAAAAUGCUCUCUGAUGCGGCAACUCUCUCCGACUGCGCAUCAUCUACAUCAACUGUUCCAAGAGAACGAUUUUCAGCUGCACACCCAUUUGUCUACACUGGCCGGCAUUCACACAAUCUACCACACCCUGCACAGGCUGAACCUGACGGAGGACGUUGGACAUAACGGUCACUCCACAGGUACCGACUGCCUGCGCCUAAUGCAGACCCAUGUGACACUUAUAUAUCAUUCUCUCUAUAUCACUCUAUAUCACUCUAUCUCUCAUAAUGUGUUUCUCUCAGCCUGCUGCUCCAGAGCUAUGCCUCCUAGGAAAAAGAGGAGACCCACUGCUGGAGAUGACCUGUCAGCUAAGAAGAGUCGCCAGGACAGUGUUUUUAGAAAACAUGAGGCACCACAAAUCAGAGAGGAGGAGACCUUCUCCAGUAAAAGAUGUCUGGAGUGGUUCUACGAAUAUGCAGUCUGUGACGAUGUUGUGGGGCCAGAGGGAAUGGAGAAGUUCUGUGAAGACAUUGGAGUGGAACCCGAAAAUGUGGUGAUGCUGGUUCUGGCCUGGAAGUUAGAUGCCCAGAGUAUGGGCUACUUCACCCUACAAGAGUGGUUGAAAGGCAUGGGCUCCCUGCAGUGCGACUCCACAGAGAGGCUGAGGAACUCCCUGGACUACCUGAGGUCUGUCCUAAACAACACCAGCAACUUUAAGCUCAUUUACAGAUAUGCCUUCGACUUUGCUCGGGAAAAGGACCAGAGGAGUUUAGACCUGAACACUGCCAAGUGCAUGUUGGGGCUUCUCCUGGGAAAGACUUGGUCACUGUUUCCUGUGUUCAAUCAGUUUUUAGAGCAAUCCAAGUAUAAGGUCAUCAACAAAGACCAGUGGUGCAACGUUUUAGAGUUCAGCAGGACAAUCAACCUGGAACUCAGUAACUAUGACGAGGAUGGAGCCUGGCCAGUUUUGUUGGAUGAGUUUGUGGAAUGGUACAAAGAGAGAGAGAUGUCAUAGCAUCAGGUACACUGCAACAACCGUCAACAAAACAACAUAAUACGAUGACGACGGCUAUGAGAAAACAAACUAUACAAAAUGGAGAGGUGCGUGUCAGCGAUGACAGGUGGUGCUUCCAGGUAAUGAUUGCAGGGGGGGUGUAAGAUCCAAAACUGGGUGUAAACUGCCCUGGCGAGAUUGGGAUGUAGAUGACUUAUGGUCACUAUGGAGACGCCAACUAUGUCCGGGUAAUGUUCCCUACCCAUGUUGCAUGGUGGUUAAGCACAUGGCAGACCCUGUGGUGUUGCAUCCCCUCACUGUGUGCUGUGUGAUAGGAUAACUGUUCUCAUGAGUGGCUGACGUGGGCUAAAUGGUAAUUAGAGAAAAAUCCACUCGCUCCCGUGAGGAGGAAUUAAACAAACAAAAUCCCUCCCCUUUGAACAGUCGGUCUUCGUCUUAAAUCAAGGUCAUUUUGACCUGGGCACAUUUGAAUAUUGUAUAUCCGUGCUUUGAACUUGAUCUGUGCUUGUCUCUUUAUAACCUACAGAACCCAUCGUUUCUAUCAGUUUUGUCCUAUAUUUGGGUUGAAUUGGAAUUCUUAAAGAAGUACAUUGUCAGGCUGAGUGUUACAGUAGUUGUUCUUUUAGCCAGUCCCCAAAGCUGUUACAGAUGGACGAGGACACCUCCACAGUUUACUAUAACUAAGUCAUUUGUGCCAGUGAUUUGAGCCCCCAGUGGUUUUCAUCCCCAUGCUCACUAUGAUACCACCAGCCUGUGCUAAAGUAUUUUAGCCCCCUGCGAAGGCUUCAGUUGACCUCAUACCACAACUAACCAAUCAGCAGUGCUGCCUAUAAACUCUUAUUACAGUGCAGUGGUCAGUUGUUAGUGGACUGGCCAGCAUUCAUGGUUUACGUGACCAAUCUAUGUUUCUAAGCUGUAGGUUUGUAUGUUUUCUUUCUCAACAUUUUUUCUGGAGUUUGCUUUACUUGCUCAACACACCCGUGUGCGCGCACACAGUGGUCAGGGAUUGGAUCAGGAUGAAAUGAGACUUUUGGGCUUAUCAUUCAAGAGGUCUCAAAACCAUGGACAUUGAAGGGUUAGAGAUGGACCAUGGACAUUGAAGGGUUAGAGAUGGACCAUGGACAUUGAAGGGUUAGAGAUGGACCAUGGACAUUGAAGGGUUAGAGAUGGACCAUGGACAUUGAAGGGUUAGAGAUGGACCAUGGACAUUGAAGGGUUAGAGUUAGACCAUGGACAUUGAAGGGUUAGAGUUAGACCAUGGACAUUGAAGGGUUAGAGUUAGACCAUGGACAUUGAAGGGUUAGAGUUAGACCAUGGACAUUGAAGGGUUAGAGUUAGACCAUGGACAUUGAAGGGUUAGAGUUAGACCAUGGACAUUGAAGGGUUAGAGUUAGACCAUGGACAUUGAAGGGUUAGAGUUAGACCAUGGACAUUGAAGGGUUAGAGUUAGACCAUGGACAUUGAAGGGUUAGAGUUAGACCAUGGACAUUGAAGGGUUAGAGUUAGACCAUGGACAUUGAAGGGUUAGAGCUUGACCUCUGUGACAAUGCUAUGCUUUUGCUAAUGUUCUUGUAACACAUGUAUAAACUUUUCUCUGGCUGUGAUGUGACGCUCAAUUGUCAUGAGUGAAACGUUGCACGCUCUCCGUCAGAAUGGAUGAGAUUUUUGAAAACUUUUUUUUUUUUUGUACAGGAAUUUGUGCUUCAUUUGAUAUCCUCCAUGUUGUCUUAAUGCUUUAUGAAAACCAUUAUUGUGUAUAUUCAGAGCUGAAACACACGUAACCUCAUUUGAGGAAGAGGUCCCUCCAUUUGCCAACCCCUCCCCCUAUCACACACAGUAAACAACAGUGUCUCUCAAACAAAUGGACAUGAACUGAAAUUAACAUUAGACUGCGUUGUAAGAAUGAUGUUAGAUCUUUUGACAUGUCAAACCCAGUGGCAUCUUAUCCACAACUAAAGCAUAUACAGUAAAUGGAUCAAUUUAUGAAGUAGUAAGGUCACAUGAGAUCUCCACCUAUCAGUGAUCCAUGAUGCUUUGGCUGUCCUGUCCAGUCAUCAGUAUAUUUGUCUAUAUUAGGUUUUUGGAGAUGGAUCUAGUGGCUGGACUGUACACUAAUAAGUCGAAUUCAGAUGGUGUUCUACAUUGGUAAUGCAGGAGGUUGAACAACCCUGUCCUGACUAUAUGUAUGUACAGUAUGUGUUUUCACUGUAACCUACAGUAUCUCUAUAUUAACUUACUGUUGUCAUUCAUUUUUGCUUUGCCAUCUUCCUUUACAGAAAGAUUCAAAUGUGGUUUGUGAUGAGAUGUUCGUUCUGUGUUUUUAAAUUGCACAGGAUCAUGUUUGAUUCCGCUACUGUAGGCCUAAUGUAUUUUUACUAUUGCAUUACCACAGUAAUUACCACGUCAUGUGUGCACCUUAUUAUCCAGGUACCCAUAGAUCAACUGAUAUAAAAACAUCAAACACAAUAUGGGCGACUUUCAUUACAGGUUUAUUUAUGAUAGUGUCAUGAAGAGGAUUUUGUAGCAAAAUAGAGGGGAGUAGGGUACUGAGUGAGUAAAGUAGGUGGAUAUGAAUCUGGGAAAUUGGGUUUUAAUGGUCCCACCUUUUAUUUGCCUCAGUCUGAAAUAAUUCAGUCACUUACACAGCUAUUUUCAUUAAGACAAACAUGUCUGGUGUUACACUCAUUUACAACAAUGUAAUAACAGUAUAAUUCUGUAAAAUAAACUUACGUUUUAACAACUUUCA